GAGCUGUUCGAAGCAAAAAGUUGUUAAGGUAUGUACGUUGUGAUAUAUUUUGUUUGUAAUAUUGGCUCAAUAAAAAUUGCGAAGAGUUUGUCAGAAGUGGCUAUACAUUAUAGAAAACGAAGCUAAAGUGUUCUGCCAAGUGGUAAAUUAUAUCUGGAAUUUCUUUCUACAACAGUAAUUAUUUUUUCCGCAAACGUAUACUUUUUGAAGUACGGAUUGUUUUGUUUGGCCAUACGCUGGAUAAAUGUAAUAUUUGCAAUAUAUGCCAGAAAUCAUUAAAAAAAAAGCUGAUUUACUACUACGUAUUUAUGCAGAAGAAUAUGAUAUUAUGUAACAUGUCAUUCAUACGUGAACGUCUGUUAGUGGAACGUAUGUGUAUCCAUUCAGAAGAAAAAUCACAUGCAUGUGAUAUGUGUAACAAAGUAUUCAUUCAAAAGCAUCAUUUAAUGCAACAUAUGCGUGUCCACAUAUCAAAAAAACUUCAUGAAUGUGAUAAAUGUAACAUGUCUUUCGCGCAGAAACAUCGUUUAGUGGAACAUAAGCAUACACACACAGGGGAAAAACCUCAUGCAUGCGAUAAAUGUGACAAAUCAUUCGCACAAAAGCAUAGUUUAACAAUGCAUAUGCGUAUACACUCAAGAGAGAAACUUCAUGUGUGUGACACAUGCAAAAAGGCAUUCAGACUAAAGAAUCAUUUGGUGGAUCACAUGCGUAUCCAUACAGGAGAAAAGUCAUAUGUGUGCGAUAUAUGUAAUAAAUCUUUUACGCAAAAACGUGCUUUAUUAAAGCAUAUGAGUGUACAUACAGGGGAAAAACCUUAUAUAUGUGAUAAAUGUAACAAAUCAUUUGCUCAAAAGCAUCAUUUAUCUCAACAUAUACGUACCCAUACAGGAGAGAAGCCGUAUGUAUGCAAUAUAUGCAAUAAAUCAUUUGCACAUAAUCAUCAUUUGUUAUAUCAUAUGCGUGUGCAUACUGGAGAGAAGCCUCAUGUAUGUGAUAUAUGUAACAAAUCAUUUGCACAAAAUAAUUUAGCGUCGCAUAUGCGUAUCCAUACAGGAGAGAAGCCUUAUGUGUGCCAUGUAUGUAGCAAAUCGUUUGCACAAAAUAGUAAUUUAGUGUCGCAUAUGCAUGUUCAUAUGGGAGAGAAGUCAUAUGUAUGUAUUAAAUGUAACAAAUCUUUUGGACAGAAACAUCAUUUAGUAGUACACAUGCGUAUCCAUGCAAGAGAAACUUCACAUGUGUGAUACAUGUAGUAGCAUGUCAUGUACUCGUAAGCAAGAUUUUUUAGAGCAUAUAAAUAACCAUAUACAGAGAGAUGCUUUGCAUAUGUGAUAUAAUUCUUUAAAGAAAAAUCUGAUGUAUGCAUGUAAGGAGAAAACUCUUAUUAAAAAUGUACGGUUAUAUUAUAUGCAAAAAAUUAUUAAUGAAAUAAUAAUUGUAAUUAUUCAAACAAAUAUAGUUUGCAUAUUCAUUAACAUAUGUAUACAGGAGAGAAAUAUUAUGCAGUAAAAUUUCAGAAAAUGUUAGAUAUUUGAAAAUUCCAGGUAGUUGAACGUAUAAAAAUUCAUUGUUUCAUUUAAAGCCAAAUGACUAAAAAAAGAACUUUCUGGUCUAAAAUUAUAAAAACAAUCAUCUUAUUUGUUAAUAGCUAAAAUAUUAAAAGCCUGUGUAAGAUUGAAAAAAAAAAUUGAGACAUCAAAGCAACAUUAGGGGUCUUAAACGUGUAAGAGUAAAAUAUAUUUUUGGAUUAAGAAAUGUUAGCAACCAUGAAAGCUAAUGGAUGUCUCACCAAACUGUGGUGAUCAUUUCCACAGAAUUUUGAAGGACCCAAUAAUUUUUUAUUUAGAUAAUAAACAGAAAAUUUGCUGAUAUAAUAUGUAACAAAUUGAAAUCACUAGAUAUGAUUUUUCAUAGUGCAUUGCUGUCAUUUAUCUCUUUUCAAAUAAAGUUGCAUAUUGUGUCUGAUGCACACUUUUUUCGAUGCUAGGAUCUUGUAAUACUUCAUUGCUGUAUUAUGCUCCAUCGAAGGCAGGUUCCAAAAUUGAAUAACUUUUUUUUUUUUUUUUCAAAAUAUGAAGCAAAAAAUGAUAAAUAGCAAUUAGCUUAUAUUCUUCUUGACAGAAACUAAACCAAUUUAUUAAUUAAUCAAGAAAAUAAACUCAUGCAUGAAGAUCUUAAGACUAUAUAGUGAUGUCAUGCUUAUCUAUCACUGGCACUAAAUUCCAGUGUUUGAGGAUCACUUUGUUUUCACCUAAAAAAAUGAACUGAAUUUUCUUGCUUCUUUAAUUUUAUUGAUUGAUUGAUUGCUCUUGUAUAGAAUUCUUAGCAUGUUUUCAUUUUGAGAAGAAUUGUUGCCUUUCGCCCAUUUUUUUGGCACAAAAUUAGUCCCCGUGUUUGCGAAUAUUCUCCGAAGUCGUCAAUGAAUUCAUGACUUUUUGGUAGAGGUAUAACUACUUUAUAAACUACUUGCAUGAAACUUUUUGCCAUACGAGAUGUAACAAAAUUAUGAAUUUAAGAAUAUUACGCAUUGGAGAAUCACUAAAGAAUAUCAUCAACUUUGAUUUAUAAUAAUUUAUAUUUUAAUCAACCUCAUAAGGAAAGCCAGAAAGAUGGCCAAUUUCCAGAUUUCAAAAUUAAAUAUCUGGAUCAAAUUUUGGGUCAAAGCUCAAAAAAUGGAAACCAAACUAAUACAUAAUUUAAACAUUUAAUUUUGACAGUGGCACAGAAUUUAGCAGUUUUCAAAAAUAUGUCAAUAUGAUGUACUCUAGUUGUAUGUCGAGAAAAACUGAUUAAUUAAAUAUACAAAUCUAUUGAUGGAAACGUAUUAGCAAGUUCAUCAGCAACAAACUGACAGUUGUCGAGCUAUGAAAAGCAAUGCCAUUUAUCUGUUUGUGGAUUAAAACCUUUGAAGAUUCGUAAAAUUUUGAGCAGUAAGGAAAAUAGAGAAAUACUCCAAGUUUCUAUCAAGAAUGACUGAAGAAAUAUUGAUAAAAGAUGACAGUUUACUAAAGCAUUAAAAUAGGUAUCUAAAUUAUUAUUUUUCAGUACUAUGUGUUGAUUGUUGGUGGAAAUUUCAGUAGUGGCCACCAAUCAAUGUGAAAUUCUGACACCCAUGGUUAUUGGCACUAAAUCUUGCUACUUGGCUGGUCGAUGUGAUAAUAUGUCAGCAAUGCACACGAAAAAAAUGAAGCGUAAAGAAACUAUAUUUCCACAAGCAAAGUUAAUUAAUUUUCUGCAAUCAAAAGGCAGAGAAUAUGAAAAAGAGCAAUUUGCUGAAGACUCCACAUGAAGCACAAAAUUCCUUGCUGAUAUUAGGAAGCUACAUGUAUAAAAGUAUGAAGUGUUAUGCUUGCUUAGAUUCUGUGCAUUUUGGCUGACCUGCUGCAAAAUCUAGAAGAAGAACUUUGAAUAUGUGUCCUCCUCACUCAUUUCAAUUCCGAUGCCCCCUGGCCUGUUUGUAAAGUACCUCUGUGAUAUACUCUUCAUUUCAUCAGUUACGAAGCAAAUUGGAAACAAAAGCAGAAACACCCAGAAAUAAAGGCAUAAUGUAUAAUUACAAGUGACACGGAGAGCAGGAAACUUGUUUGAUUUAAUAAAGAUGAAAAAGAAUGUGAAACCAUAGAAAGAAAUUUUGAUCUUGGAUAUAAUUGACAUCAUUCCUGAACUAGGCCAGCCACUGAUGAGAAAUAAAAUCAAGAUCAAGGUAGAUUUCUUUUAUUGCUCAUUAUAUAAUUAUGUUGUAUUAGUAUCCAGCAUAUUAGUGCAGUAAAAUAACUAUAUGUGAUAUGCAGAUACUUUUGGUCUUUUAUGAAGGUGGCUGUCUUAAAGACAGGUGAUAUA